AUGACCGCCAGCGUUGUGCGCGCGGCGACCGGCGGCGACCCGCCGCCCGGCGGGCACGCGGGCUACCCGCUGCCAAACUUCCAGGAUGAUCCCGAUCGACAGCCGGGGGUGUGGCAGGCGCUGCAGCAGCAGCAGGAGGAGCAGGAGGGGGAGCAGCAGGAGCAGGAGCAGGAGCAGGAGGAGGGGGACAAAGCAGGAGAAGAGGAAGGGCAGCAGGAGGAGGAGGAAAAUGAGGUGCGGGUGGAGGUGGCGCAGGAUCAUCGUCGGCAGCAGCAGCAGCAGCAGGAGGAGGGGGAUGAGCACCAGCAGCAGCACUCUGACGGCUUUGAGUGGGGCAAGGGCCUGCCAGAGCAGCGGACGGCCGCAUCCAAGAAGCGGAAGCGCAGCCGCCCGCGGGCGCCAAAGCGCGGCGACGCGCCCGCGCGUGCGGGGAAGCGCAGCGCCGCGGCUGCCCAGGCGCGAGCGGCGGCGAGUGCGCGGCCAGCGCCGGCAGGGCUGCCGCCGGGCGCGGCGAGCGGCGCGCCGCGGCUGGCGGCGGCGGCCCGCUUCCGGACGCGGGGGCAGCAGCAGCAGCAGCAGCAGCAACAGCAGCAGCAGCAGCAGCAGCAGCAGGAAGUUGUGGAUCUAGUCACCUCGACAGAGGAAGAUGAGGAGGAGGAGUCUUGGGGUGGCGAGGGGCAGGAGGCAGACAGCCGGGUUCAUGGCAGCGGAGCUGGCCGCGGCGGCGACCCAGGCGGGCGGUUGCAGGGCGAGCCGCCGCUGCGCCGGCGGCGCCUGCACGCCGGCGGGGCCAAGGAGGGCGGGGAGGAGGGGCAGGCGCGUGAGGAGGGGUCGCCGAGCGACAGCCGAGGCGCCAGCGAGCUGGUUGGAGUGCAGCAGGAGGCCCCUGGCUUUCCACCGGGCACGACGCAGGCAGGGGCGCCGCCCACGCCCCCGGCAGCGUCCCCGGGCGCGCCACGGGGCGAUGCUUCCAGCUGCGGCGGGAGCUGGAGCAGCCCUCGUGCGACGCCGGCGGCCGUGUUGCCGGAGGCUAGCGGCGGCGGCUCUCAGGGUCGCGGCACACGCGGCGGACUGGCGGCCGUGGUGGCAGUGGGUCAGAAUACAGACCCACCUGCGGCGCCAGCCCCAGCAGACCCGGCUGUUCGUGAGCGGACGCGCGAGCUGGGGGCCGUCGGGGCGCCUUCGAAGGCAAGGGGACAGCGGCGUGCCCAGCAGGCGCGGCGGAGGGCGGAGGGGGACGAGGGGCCGGCCUUGGUCGCGCUCGAAGAAGACGCGGGAGGGCAGGAGGACGGAGGGCAGGAAAGCGCUGCCGAUGCAGAGGGGCUGGUGGCCGGCGGGGAGGGAGAGGCUGCAGAGGGCUGGGGGGCCCAUGCAGUGGGCGCCAGCCCCUCGCCGCUGCCCCCGCAGCCACCGCCGCGGGGCGCGGCGGCGGCGGCGAUGAACGAGUCGCACAAGGCGCAGUGCCCGCUGCCGCCUGGGCGCGGCGGCAAGCGCAAGGCGCAGGCGCCGUCUCGGCAUCCUGCGUUCGGGCCACAGCAGGGGGCAGUCGGCGCGUUUGGGGAGCAGCGGGCGGAUAGACUGCACGGGAUUGGAGGGCAGUUGGGCGCCACGGCACAGGAGCAGCAGCAGCGGCAGGAGCAGGAGCAGGAGCAGCAGAAGAACGAGCAGGACCACCUGACAGGACGCAGCCGGAACCGAGACAGUGGGUUUUACAGCUGCGACGAUGAGCCGUGGCCGCCCAGUGGCCUCCACGCGGGGCAGCAGCAGAAUCAGCAGCAGCAGCAAAAGCAUGAGCAGCAGCAGGAGCAGCCGCAGCAGCAGCAGCAGCAGCAGCAGCAGCAGCAGCAGCAGCAGCAGCAGGCAACUGAGCACAAGUACCAGCAGCAGGAGCAACAGCAACAGGGCCAGAAGCAGCAGCAACGGGACCAGAAGCAGCAGCAGCAGCAGCAGCAGAAGCAGCAGCAGCAGAUUGAACAUCAGAGGCGUCACGGCCGCACACUUGAAGCGGCGGUUGCGAACGCAGCGGCGCCUCCCGCUCGCAAGCGCGCCGCAACAGAUGCGGUUGUGGUUGCGGAGGCCAGGCAGGGCGGCCCGGCGACCAGCAGCGCCAAUUUCACUGCCGGCGGUGCAGCGGCCUCCAAGCACGCGCGUGCCUCUGCGGGCCGCCCUGAUGGCGGCGGGGCGGUAGGUGGCAGCGGUUUGGGUGCGCGCUGCGCUCGAGUCAGCCGCAGCAAGCAGGCGACCGAGGGCCGCCGCCGGGGCGACAAGGCGACGCCGCUGCCGCCGCAGCAGCAGCAGCAGCAGGAGGAGGAGGAGCGAUGGGUUGUGAAGCAGGAGCAAGCGCGGUCGCCGCAGCCGCCGCCUCGUGUUGGGGGCUGGAAGCCGAGGUGGCCCACUGUUUGCGCGCCACCGACUCAGACCGAUUUCGUUGACUUGACCGGACUGGAUGACGACGAUGACUAA